CUGACUUCAGAUUAUCGAUCGCGAAACGUGCAUGCGUAAGUGCUGUGAAUGCUGCUUAUUCAUUGCAUCAUUGUUGUUUCAAUCGUGGCGAAAUUCCAUCAUAACUCGCGAGCUUCAACAGUGUGCUACAGCAAUUCGUGAUUAGUUUCGGAUUGAAAAUCGGGGAAAACAACCGUUCCGCUGAUUUGUGGGCCCUGCUUUGAGAAGAAGAAAAUUUGCAACCAGUUCACCUUUGCACUUGGUGGCGUAAUCCGAAAAUUGACUUGGGAUUUUUUCGUCUGCUUCUUCAUAACGAGUCACUGUCCUGGUCGGUGCCAACGCAGUGUGGUAGUGUUCCAGAAGCAGCUGACGGAACAGGAAAGAGUGUAAAGGGAAGCGUCAGGAAGCAGCCAGCGCAUCAUGCAAAGUGUUCCAUUUCGCAACGUUCAGGCCAUUGAUUUGAGUGAUUCAUCGAAAGUUUCGAUUGUUGUGGACCAGCAAUUGUCGGAGUUCUAUUAUAAAACUGCUUCCAUAGAGAACUGUACCCUCAGUGCUGGGAGAAACUGUCCGGAGCAACAAGAUCAGGGGAGAAGAUCCUGAUUCUGUUCUGGCCCUUGUUACUGAGGCAGGCUUGAGUGUUCUUGUAUAGUCGAAAGGACAAAAACAAAACUUAGACGUACUGUGAAAAAAGCUAGUGGAGAAGGGUUUACCUUAAACAGAAACCUAAAGAAAAGAGAAUCUGGUGCAGCAUACCUGUACCUGUCCCACAAGGUCGUUUCCAUUCGAAAUCUGCUACCUAAAGUAUAAGCUAGUAGAGGCAGCGCAAGAGAAACAAGUGCACACAGAUUUCGGUAGUGUUUUUCCUUUAUUGUCUGCCUUGUGUUUCGAUUAAUUCAUUCGGUGCUCACGUGAAGUGUGUUGUUGCUUUGCUUCUACCUAUCAGGCAGUUAAACCAACGAAUAGCCAGUCAGCGCCGUUAAUUGCAGAGAAGAGCAUUCAGUUUACAGUUGCAGCUGCACUAGGAGGACACAUCACAAAACCUCCUCCAAUCAACAACAGCAGCAGCAAGUUGUCGAUCAGCUGUUAUCGCAGACAAGGAGCAGCCAAAAUGCCACGAAACCGGAAUAAGAAGCAAGCCAACGGCGGAAAUUCUCAUCAACAUGACUCGGACGAUGAGCUAUCGAACGACAACGCCAGUGUGUACUCGUACCAGUCGGAACAAAACGGGGAAAGCGGAAGUGGCGGCAACAAAAACAACAACAACAACAACGAUGGCGACGGAAGCGGAGAGGAAUCGGGCGGAUUCGAGAAGUACGAGGAAAAGCUGCUGCAGGCCAUCGAGAAUGCUUCGGACAAGUCGCUACAGACCCGUAUCAACGCCUUCCAGGCCAUCAACGAGGUGCUGGUUCAUCACUACAUACCGGACUUUAUCGAGGACAGGAAAAUGACACUGAUGGACGCGAUCGAGAAAUCCAUCAAGAAGGGCAAAGGAUCGGAACAAGCCUGGGCCGCUAGGAUUAUUCCGCUGCUGGUCAUUCAGCUUGAGGGUGCAGAGGAUAUAAACGAGCUGAUCAAAGUGCUGAAACCGGUACUGGUGGCCACCGCACAGGACACAGCCGCUAGCUGCGAUGCUCGGGCCAAAUGCUGCAUGGCUUUGGGUAUGUUGAAUUUCCUCGGAUCUGACGAUGUAGGUGAUCUACUGCCACUGAUGAAAAGCUUUGAGGGUAUCUUCUCCGGAAGCUAUUUGAAGGGGGACAGCAGCCCCAGCAGUGCCAAUGCCGAUGCUGCUGCCCUCCACAGUGCGGCCCUGAGCGCCUGGGCUUUACUUUUGACACUGAUUCCAUCGGGUGAUCUGGUAUCGCUCAUCAACAGCAACAACGUCAUGGUUCCCUCAAUCAAAAAACUUCAAGGAAUGCUCCAGAGUCCCCAUUUGGAUGUCCGUAUGGCUGCCGGCGAAACCAUCGCCCUUAUCCUGGAAAGUGGUCGCUCUCAUGAUGAAGAUUUUCUCGAAGAUGAACUGCCAGAACUGAUCGAAGCUACGCAGAAGUUGGCCACCGACGCUCACAAGUAUCGUGCCAAACGUGACCGCAAAGUGCAACGGGCCACCUUCCGCGAUGUGCUGCGCUAUCUGGAAGAAGACUCUCCUCCAGAAAUCCAGAUCAAAUUCGGCAAGGAAUCGCUGCUGCUGGACACCUGGUCGCUCCACCACCAGUACAUUUGUUUACGCAACGCGCUUGGAUUUGGCAUGAAUGUUCACCUAACGGAGAACGCGUUCCUACGCGACGUUCUGCAGCUAGGAGUCAAAAUGGACGAGCUGGAGCGAGGUGCCAAGAUGGCCAAGGCCGAGAAGAAAUUCAUCAAUGCUGCCGCCUUCAAGGCCCGAACCAUUACCAGAGGCAAAAACCGCGAUAAGCGGUCGGCUGUUAUUAACUAAAAUUUUUUUCCUCUACUAAUAUUUUGGCAGCAAAAUUUUCGAGUGCGUUUUGAGACAGCGAAGGAAUGAAACGUUGUAUGAGUGAGGCGCGUUCUAUUUAGCGAUUAAUUUUGGACCGUUAUCUAGGAUUUUUGACUGCAGGUGCAGUGUACAGAUUUGUUACGCAAUUCCUCGUUUAUUUUUUUACCUUUCAAGACUCUAUGUCGACCAGCAUGAUAUUUCGAAAUUCAAACAAUAAAAUAUUUUUCAAUCAAUUUCUUCUCAUACUUUAAAUCCGUACCCUAAGUUGCAAUGGGUUAACGGCUGUGGUGUGUAUGUUUGUGAAAAUGAUAGAUCAAACCAUCAUUUUCCUGACAGUGUCGUUACACACAAUCUUAUUAAACAUGGUGUCAUAAUAUGGCCUAAAUUAGAAGAGGAGCUGGACAUCUUUAUUUAGUUUAAAUUCAGCAGUAGGUUCAAAGAUGUCUAUUUUUUUCAUGAUCCAUGUUGAUAAGAUGAAUGGGAGUUGAAACACUUGCCCUCCCUUCCGCAGAACAAUCGCAACAUUUUGUAGUGAAAGUAUCACAAUUUACCAUAAUAAAAGUUGAUACUUUCAAUAGGGCAUAAUUCGUUUGGUUAGGUAGUUAGUUGGUUUAGUCUUAUAGAAUUAAAAAUAGAGAAAACGUGUGCUUGUAAUGGAUGUUAGGUGAAGGUUAUGGUAUUCGCCUCCCCAAUGCUCUAGUAAGUGUGUAUUUGCGGUUUAUGAAUUUCGUUGGCUUAUUCUUAAAUCAAGCAUUUUACAAGAACUAGAGGCUCAUUGGAUGGAAAUGCUGUUGUUGAAGAAUGUUAUAUUUCAUUUGGUUAGACGUUUUUUGCUUUUUAUUUAAUUAUUCACUUUUAGCAGAUCUUUACGUUUUUCGGUUAGGUUUGAAAUUCAUCUAUGGAAGUAGAUAAUAGAAUGUACGGUUUUGAAGAAUAACAAUGAGUAUAGGUAGUCCAAACCACUGAUCUCGGGCAUUUUAAAUAGGCACACGAUAUAUAUUAAAAUAGAACCCCUAUGUAGACUUAGCAUAGUUUGUCAGAGAGGCUGACCAGAAUAAGUGAUUAUGUUUUAGAAGAACAGCAUUGUGCAUUUCCAGUACUUUUGAUAAGUAGACGAUAUCGAUCAAGAUAUUAAAGCUAGAUUAUUACUGGUUUGAGCUAGGCUUCAUAUUAUAUAUUGAAAGAUAAAAUGAACUAAUAUCCUAUUUUUCUUUUCUUUUUUUCUCUUUUUUUUUCUUUUUUUUUUAUUUCUUUGCAUGUGACCUUCCGAUGAUGACGAACGAGCCCUUCAAGCCAUAUCCUCUCAACAUUGGACCCCUAAGAUGGCUUCGAAUCCCAAGGAUUUAAUGAACACCUAUAACAGUGUUUUAUAACAUGGUGAGAGCGUUCUAAUUUAUUUUAUUGUUUUAAAUUAUAUAUAAAUACUGUAGUUAGUUUCGUUGGGAUUAAUUAAGCGACCUGUCUCAAACCGCCAACGUAUUUCCUCCAACUGGUAUCAUGAGGGGUUUGUUCACUAUCUUGUUCUGCUUUAAGUUCAUAUUCAUCCGAAGUGGACUUAAGGAAGUGCAAGAUGGUAUAGCCAACGUCUCAAGAUCGCUUACUAUUCUAAGCUGCCUACUCUAAACUUUUAUUUCCCUGACCCCUCUACCCACAUUUCCUUUUCCGCGUCAGCUUCUCACAGCUGUUUAAACGCCACAAAAAAAAAAAAAAAAAAAAAAAAAAAAUUUCUUCUCAUACUUUAAAUGCUGUGAAUGAAAAUAAGUUUAAAUCGUUGCUGAUAAAUCUUCAAAAUGGCAAAAAAAACUGAAUCGAUUGAUAAACAUUAGGAUAAGUAAUUGAGCGACAAUUAGAAAAACUAACAACAUUUAAGUCGUUGAUAAAAGCUAUGAAAUAGAAUAUUAAAAAAUCUUGCUGUUAGAUAAAAAAAUAAUCCAAUUACUCAAACAUCUUUAAUCAAUCCAAAAUUCUAUGCUAUAAGAUUCUGUUUUAUUACUGAUUUCAGUUUCACUAAAGCUGGAAACGAACUGAUACCAGUGAUAAAAACCGACUUCUUAUUCCACGGGCACUUAGAAUCCGAGUUAAUGUUUGAAAUUGUAAAAAAAAAACAAAAAAAAAUUGAAAAAACGUCGAAUUUAUGCAGUUUCCACCUUGAAGAAAACAAACCUAUUUUCAGCAACUCUCAAAUAAAAUAGUGAAAAUUAAAAGAAAGUUAAAAAAAAAUAGCAUUAUUUUGAAAAGUAGAAGCGUAAAUAGAUUCACGAAUCGAUCACUGCAUACCUACUUAACAAUAGGAUGACCAUUAUUAUUGUUUCUUUUAAGAUGAAAUAAACCAAUCAAUUAAAUAAAUCAAUAAAAAUGUAUUCAGCGAAAAGGACAGCGAUCCUGAUAAAA